AUGAGCACGGCGCCAGGGGGGGCGGUCGACGAUGAAAUUCAAAGUCGCCUGUCAAAACUCUCCGUCUACAAACGGGCGGAGUAUCACUGCGUGGAGGGCAUCGCGGCGCUGCGAGAGUCACUGCGGGAUGUGGUGAGGCUUGAGGGAGAGGAGUCCGGCACCAACGACCAUGGCGCCAGCAAAGCCGUUCAGAACAGUAGUGGUAGUACUAGUGGUGGCGGGGGCCGUGCGGAGCUGGCGAAGGCACGGCAGGCGGCGCGGCGUGCCCACCAGCAGCUCGACAAACUUGCGAAGGAGGCUCAACGUGCGGCACGUCGCGAGGACGGCGGGUGCGAUGCCGACAUGAAGGAAUUGAUGAGACACGUGGAGAGCGCCAAGCGGUGGUACCGCGAGUGUUUUCGUGUUGUACCGCCGAUUGAGGGGGGAUAUGAGCGGCAGGGCGACACCGGCGGUGCUCCCGGUCUGGACGAUGAUCUCCACGCGCGUCAAUGCACACAACACGGGGCCACAAGUAUGACCACCCCGUUGCUUGCAGCGAAUUUUAAUGAUAAUAGCAAUAUUCAUAACGGCAGAGAUGGCGUGACUAACAGCAGAAACGCCAGCGUCACUGCGCCGCAGCCCACCGUGUCCGAUGAGGAGUUUCUUUUGUUUUUGGAUCAGGUGCGGCGAAACGACGAACUUGCCGAUGUCGCGCUGGAUCGCAUUUCCCAUGGCCUCUCGCGGCUACAUGAGAAUGCGCUGAAUGUGACGUCCGAGUUGCGGACGCAGGAAGGACUUUUGGUUGCGGUGGAGGAGAAGGUGGAGACUACCCACGCAAAGCUCAGCGUGCUGAACAAACGGUUGCGUAAGUUUCUUGCGGAAAAGAAUAAAUGUGACUGUUUUAUGUACGCUUUCUGCUGUGCGCUGCUGCUUGGCGUGGUCGCCGCGAUUGCGGUUUUGCUCAAGAAAUGA